AUGAUCCUCGUGCAGACGAUGGAGCCAGUAGUUCUUCGGAUGAGAUGGGUGAGUGCAAUGGUGUUGGUGUGUUCUUCGGAUGAGAUUGUGUCUGCAAUGUUGUUGGUGUGUUCUUCGGAUGAGAGAAGAACAAGUGCUGAUUUAAUCCUUCUGAACCCCAAUGAGGCUGAUAGCCUAAAUAAAUCUUUGCUCCAGGAUGAUGCUUUUUACUAUUUGCAAUCACGUUUCACACUCUCACCCAACGUUUACGAGUCGACGAGUCAGAUGAGUCGUUCGAAGGUUGAGACUCAUAGACUAAUCGUGACUAGUCUAGACUACUGCUGGACUAGUCGACAUGGUUUCACAAAGGUACACAAGUUGAUGGAGGUUUGGAAGAUCUUCAAGCUGUUGAAGAUUUGGAAGACCUACAAUGAAGUUGGUGGAGUGAUAAUGCCAUAUGUCUUAUUUGUUGAAUCUGGAGAUUGCUUUGCUCAUUUUGGUUGUGGCACAUCUAGAAAUUUAUGUACUCAUUUUGUGCUCCCCGGCAACGGCGCCAGAAAUCUUUCUUGCUACCUCUUGAGCAUGCGUUGGUUUUCCCUUGAAGAGGAAAGGAUGAUGCAGCAAAGUAGCAUUGGAAAAUAA